AACUACAAUUGUGUCCAUCAUUUCUAGAAAGUCUGGAAAUAAAGAAAAGAUAGCACAACUAUUAAAACAAGCUGCUGCUGAACAAUUUAGAAUCCCAGGUACAAACAGAGAAUCCUCUUCAACCAUUUUUUAAAGUCUGUCCGUGGAGCCAUUUGCAAUCUCCAGAUUAAUUUUACAGGAAACGUUGCAUAGUUACAGCAUGGACUGCAUUCUUUUCCUUUUAAGGGAAUGCUAUCCUGCCCUUAUUUUUUAAUUGCUGGGAAAUAUGUAAAGGCUAGUAUUCAGUGCUUGUACUAGAACAGGCAUUCUACAUCAGUCAUAUGGCAUACAGAUGAAAGGAUCCAGAUACACAUUACAUGAUCUACAGUGCGCAUCCAUUACACAAACUCCACAUGUUUAUCACCAUUUGUAACUACACUGCACUGGAACUCUUUUGAGAGAAUGAGACAGAGAGAGAGAGAGAUCAUGGCUCUGGGAAAAGAAAUGUUCCCAUUGGGUAAAGCCCAGAAAGUCUAAAAAACUCUUUAGAAAGUCAUCUUCCUCUAACACAAGGGUAUGUUAUCAGAUAGAUGGUGGUGGUGAUGAUGUAUGCAAACCAGAGACCUUCAUGGCUCAGGGAAGUGAUGAACUGACAGGCAGAUGGAGCCCAUUACAGUAUCUUCACUUCUCACUCCAAGUUUUCCUGUAAAACUAACAGAGGAGCAGAGGGAUCUUAAGCAAGCUUAAGGCACAGAGUGAAAGAAGGAGACAGGGGGAAAGGGCAAAGUCUGCGCUGCUGCUCAGAUUUUGAAGUGCUUGGACUAAAAACUAUGUACUUCUGGGAAUCGGCUACCUUUACAACUUUGUGUGUAGACGUUUCUUAAGGUAGAGUGCCACUGACAAGCAACUGUGAAAUUUCAUUUCAAAAGGACAGAAUGUUUCAGUCCAUUGUUCGGCAAGCAACCUCGACCUAUCGUCCACUCCCUGCACAUCCACCAGAAGAACCAGGGGUGAAGUAUACUGGCAGAAUGGUCCACGAAACCCAACUGAGCUGUUUCUACAUUCCACCGGGAGGUUCCAACUAUGUGAGUCCUCGUCCAGCUCAUGCCAACAUGAAUGCCAAUGCAGCUGCAGGACUUGCACCUGAGCAUAUCCCUACUCCAGGUGCAGCCCUCUCCUGGCAGGCUGCUAUCGAUGCUGCCAGACAGGCCAAAUUGAUGGGUGCUGCUGGCAAUGCAACAAUAUCCACCGCUAGCUCCACGCAGAGGAAACGGCAGCAGUAUGGGAAACAGAAAAAACAGGGUACCACCACAGCUACACGGCCUCCCCGUGCAUUGCUGUGUUUAACACUGAAAAAUCCCAUUCGGAGGGCGUGCAUCAGUAUUGUUGAAUGGAAACCAUUUGAAAUUAUUAUUUUACUGACUAUUUUUGCCAAUUGUGUGGCCUUAGCUAUCUAUAUCCCCUUUCCAGAAGAUGAUUCCAAUGCUACCAAUUCCAAUCUGGAACGAGUGGAAUAUCUUUUUCUCAUAAUUUUUACAGUGGAAGCAUUUUUAAAAGUAAUAGCAUAUGGACUUCUCUUUCACCCUAACGCUUACCUCCGCAAUGGCUGGAAUUUAUUAGAUUUUAUAAUUGUGGUAGUAGGGCUUUUUAGUGCAAUUUUAGAACAAGCAACCAAAGCAGAUGGGGUGAAUUCAAUAGGAGGCAAAGGUGCUGGAUUUGACGUUAAAGCACUACGGGCAUUCCGAGUAUUGCGCCCCUUACGGCUGGUAUCUGGUGUUCCUAGCCUCCAGGUGGUUUUAAAUUCCAUUAUCAAGGCCAUGGUUCCUUUGUUGCACAUUGCCCUGCUGGUGCUGUUUGUCAUAAUUAUCUAUGCCAUCAUUGGACUUGAGCUUUUCAUGGGAAAGAUGCACAAGACUUGUUAUGUAACGGGAAUCUUAUCAGAUACACCUGCAGAAGAGGAACCCUCUCCAUGUGCACCUGCCUAUGCACAUGGGCGGCAGUGUCAGAAUGGAAGUGACUGUAGACCAGGAUGGGAAGGUCCCAAGCAUGGCAUUACCAACUUUGACAACUUUGCCUUUGCCAUGUUAACUGUCUUUCAAUGCAUCACCAUGGAGGGCUGGACCGAUGUACUGUAUUGGGUCAAUGAUGCCAUAGGAAGGAAGUGGCCCUGGAUCUAUUUUGUUACUCUAAUCAUCAUAGGGUCAUUUUUUGUACUUAACUUGGUUCUCGGUGUACUUAGCGGGGAGUUUUCUAAAGAGAGAGAAAAGGCAAAAGCCCGGGGAGAUUUUCAGAAAUUGCGAGAGAAGCAACAGCUAGAAGAGGACCUGAAGGGAUAUCUAGACUGGAUAACUCAAGCAGAAGAUAUUGACCCAGAAAAUGAAGAUGAAGGCAUGGAUGAAGAGAAGCCCCGAAAUAUGAGCAUGCCUACUAGUGAGACAGAAUCGGUGAACACUGACAAUGUAACUGGAGGUGAUAUUGAAGGAGAAAAUUGUGGUGCACGGCUAGCGCAUCGGAUAUCGAAAUCUAAAUUUAGCCGUUAUUGGCGCAGAUGGAAUCGGUUCUGCAGACGGAAAUGUCGAGCUGCUGUCAAAUCCAAUGUGUUCUAUUGGCUUGUAAUCUUCCUUGUGUUUCUUAACACCCUCACCAUUGCUUCGGAACAUUACAACCAGCCUGACUGGCUCACAGAAGUCCAAGAUACUGCUAAUAAGGUACUGCUGGCUCUUUUCACGGCUGAAAUGCUGCUGAAGAUGUACAGCUUGGGUCUUCAAGCCUAUUUUGUAUCUCUCUUCAAUCGCUUUGAUUGUUUCAUUGUAUGUGGUGGAAUCCUGGAGACCAUUUUAGUGGAAACGAAGAUUAUGUCACCACUGGGUAUCUCAGUGCUGAGAUGUGUGAGACUGCUGAGGAUCUUUAAAAUCACAAGGUACUGGAACUCUCUGAGUAAUUUGGUGGCUUCCCUGCUCAACUCGGUGCGCUCCAUUGCUUCCCUGCUGCUGCUACUCUUCCUCUUCAUCAUCAUCUUCUCCCUCCUAGGGAUGCAGCUCUUUGGGGGAAAGUUUAACUUUGAUGAAAUGCAAACCAGGAGAAGCACGUUUGACAACUUCCCCCAGUCUCUGCUCACUGUGUUUCAGAUCCUGACUGGGGAGGACUGGAAUUCGGUGAUGUAUGAUGGGAUCAUGGCUUAUGGCGGCCCCUCUUUUCCAGGAAUGUUGGUCUGUAUUUACUUCAUCAUCCUCUUCAUCUGUGGAAACUAUAUCUUGUUGAAUGUCUUUUUGGCCAUUGCUGUGGACAACCUUGCUGAUGCUGAGAGCUUAACAUCUGCUCAAAAAGAGGAGGAAGAGGAAAAAGAAAGAAAAAAAUUAGCUAGAACUGCUAGUCCUGAAAAGAAACAGGAGCCUGAGAAGCCAGCUGUGGAAGAGGAGAUGAAGGAGGAGAAAAUUGAGCUAAAAUCCAUCACUGCUGAUGGAGAGUCUCCGCCUUCUAACAAGGGCAAUACAGAUGAAUAUCAGCCAAAUGAAAAUGAAGAAAAGAAUGCCUAUCCUACUACUGAGACACCAGGAGAGGAUGAAGAAGAUGAGCCUGAGAUGCCUGUUGGGCCUCGUCCACGCCCAAUGUCUGAACUGCACCUCAAGGAGAAAGCUGUCCCAAUGCCAGAAGCCAGCGCUUUUUUCAUCUUCAGCCCCAGUAACAGAUUUCGUGUCCACUGCCACCGUAUAGUUAAUGAUAACAUUUUCACCAAUCUGAUCCUCUUUUUCAUCUUGCUCAGCAGCAUCUCUCUGGCAGCUGAGGACCCUGUUCAACACUACUCCGUUAGGAAUCAAAUUCUCUUUUAUUUUGAUAUAUUUUUUACUGUCAUUUUCACCAUUGAAAUUGCUCUGAAGAUCCUAGGCAAUGCAGAUUAUGUCUUCACUAGUAUCUUUACAUUAGAAAUUAUUCUUAAGAUGACUGCCUAUGGGGCUUUCCUCCACAAAGGCUCCUUCUGCAGAAACUACUUCAACAUUCUGGACCUGCUGGUGGUUAGCGUUUCUCUCAUCUCCUUUGGGAUCCAGUCUAGUGCCAUCAAUGUAGUGAAAAUACUACGAGUCCUGCGAGUCCUGAGACCAUUGAGGGCUAUCAACCGAGCCAAAGGCCUAAAGCAUGUGGUCCAGUGUGUGUUUGUAGCCAUCAGAACAAUAGGAAAUAUUGUGAUUGUCACCACACUGUUACAGUUCAUGUUUGCCUGCAUUGGAGUUCAGCUUUUCAAGGGCAAAUUGUAUAGCUGCAGCGAUAGCUCCAAGCAAACAGAAGCUGAGUGCAAGGGCAGUUUUAUUACAUACAAAGAUGGAGAAGUGUCUCAACCAAUGAUCCAGCCUCGAAGGUGGGAGAACAGCAAAUUUGAUUUUGACAAUGUUCUAACUGCCAUGAUGGCCCUCUUCACUGUUUCAACCUUUGAAGGCUGGCCAGAACUGCUGUACCGAUCCAUAGAUUCCCAUAUGGAAGAUGUGGGGCCCAUCUAUAACCACAGGGUGGAGAUCUCCAUUUUCUUCAUUAUCUACAUCAUCAUCAUCGCUUUCUUCAUGAUGAACAUCUUCGUUGGUUUCGUCAUCGUCACUUUUCAGGAGCAAGGAGAGCAAGAAUACAAGAACUGUGAGCUGGACAAAAACCAGCGCCAGUGUGUCGAGUAUGCUCUGAAGGCCCGUCCCCUGCGGAGGUAUAUCCCCAAAAACCAGUACCAGUACAAAGUGUGGUAUGUGGUGAAUUCCACCUAUUUUGAAUACCUGAUGUUCGUCCUCAUCCUUCUGAACACAAUCUGCUUGGCCAUGCAACACUAUGGACAGAGCUGCCUCUUCAAAGAAGCAAUGAACAUUCUCAACAUGCUAUUCACCGGCCUGUUCACCGUUGAGAUGGUUCUGAAGUUAAUUGCUUUCAAACCCAAGGGUUACUUUAGUGAUCCUUGGAAUGUUUUUGACUUCCUCAUCGUAAUUGGCAGCAUUAUAGACGUCAUUCUCAGUGAAACUAAUCACUAUUUCUGUGAUGCAUGGAAUACAUUUGACGCCUUGAUUGUUGUGGGUAGCAUUGUUGAUAUAGCAAUCACCGAGGUGAACCCAGCUGAACAUACCCAAUGUUCUUCCUCUAUGAACGCUGAAGAAAAUUCUCGCAUCUCAAUCACCUUUUUCCGACUCUUUCGUGUGAUGCGCCUGGUGAAGCUUUUGAGUCGAGGAGAGGGCAUCCGCACACUGCUGUGGACCUUCAUCAAGUCUUUCCAGGCCCUCCCCUAUGUGGCUCUCUUGAUAGUGAUGCUGUUUUUCAUCUACGCUGUGAUUGGGAUGCAGGUGUUUGGUAAAAUUGCCCUGGAUGACACCACUGACAUCAAUCGGAACAACAACUUCCAGACUUUCCCUCAGGCAGUGCUGCUCCUUUUCAGAUGUGCUACUGGUGAAGCUUGGCAAGAAAUCAUGCUGGCAUGCCUUCCAGAUAAGAGAUGUGAUCCUGAAUCUUUUGAACCAAACAACUCUAUUGAAGGUGAACAUUCCUGUGGGAGCAGUUUUGCUGUCUUUUAUUUCAUCAGCUUCUAUAUGCUUUGUGCCUUCCUGAUCAUUAACCUUUUUGUAGCUGUUAUCAUGGAUAAUUUUGAUUAUCUGACACGGGAUUGGUCAAUUCUGGGUCCUCAUCAUCUGGAUGAGUUUAAACGGAUCUGGGCAGAGUAUGAUCCUGAGGCCAAGGGGCGUAUCAAACACCUAGAUGUGGUGACACUGCUGCGUCGGAUACAACCUCCACUGGGUUUUGGGAAACUCUGUCCUCAUCGCGUUGCCUGCAAGCGUCUUGUCUCCAUGAAUAUGCCACUGAAUAGUGAUGGGACAGUAAUGUUUAAUGCAACUUUGUUUGCACUCGUUCGAACAGCACUGAGGAUCAAAACAGAAGGUAACCUGGAGCAAGCUAAUGAAGAGCUGCGAGCAAUCAUUAAGAAGAUAUGGAAGCGCACUAGCAUGAAGCUGUUGGAUCAGGUUGUGCCUCCAGCAGGUGAUGAUGAGGUAACAGUUGGAAAGUUCUAUGCUACAUUCCUGAUUCAAGAAUAUUUCCGGAAAUUCAAGAAACGCAAAGAACAGGGCCUUGUUGGCAAACCUUCACAACGAAAUGCUUUGUCUCUCCAGGCUGGUUUGCGUACAUUACAUGACAUUGGACCUGAGAUUCGACGGGCAAUUUCUGGAGACUUAACAGCAGAAGAGGAAUUGGACAAGGCAAUGAAAGAAGCUGUUUCUGCUGCCUCUGAAGAUGAUAUAUUUAGGAGAGCUGGUGGAUUAUUUGGAAAUCAUGUCAACUACUACCAAAGUGAUGGGAGAAGUUCAUUCCCUCAAACUUUCACCACUCAGCGCCCUUUGCACAUCAACAAGUCUGGCAACAGCCAAGGAGACACUGAAUCUCCAUCCCACGAGAAGCUUGUGGAUUCUACCUUCACUCCAAGCAGCUACUCAUCAUCUGGCUCUAAUGCUAACAUCAACAAUGCCAACAACACUGCCUUGAGCCGCUUCUCCAGCCCACCAAACUACCCUAGCACUGUCAGCACUGUGGAAGGCCACAACACUCCUUUGUCACCCCCUGCACGGAUUCGAGAGGUUUCUUGGAAACUUGGCUGCAGAAGAUCGUGUUCCAGAGACAGUCAGACAGCAAUUGUUUGUGAAGAACAGGAAGUUUCUCAGGAGGAAGAAACAUACGAUAAACAAAGGAAAGAAGAAACUGCAUACUGUAUUGAAAUGCUCUCAUACCAAGAUGAUGAACAUAGACAGCUAACUCCACAUGAAGACAACAAAGGAGAAGAAACCCAAUACUCUCCGAAGAGUGGGUUCCUACAUUCCUUAUCACUAAGUCGACGAGCAUCCUUUCACCUGGAGUGUCAAAGGAAACAAAAGAAACAAAAUACAGAAGUCAACCAGAAGACAGUCCUACCUGUGCAUCUUGUACAUCAUCAGGCACUAGCAGUUGCAGGUCUCAGUCCUCAUCUCCAAAGAAGCCAUUCACCUCUACGGUAUUCUCGAUCAUGUGCCACACCCCCUACUACUCUCUGUACACAAGAUUGGCCACAGCAACCUAUUAAAACAUUGCAACUUGAUGGAGAGGAGUCUAAUGAAAAACUCAAUAAUAGCUUCCCAUCAGUAUACUGCAGCUCUUUGUAUUCUGACAGCACCAGCGCCAGAAGAACUCAAAAAGCCAGGCCAGUCUCCCUCACAGUUCCCAGCCAGACCAGAGUGUGUGGCAGGCAAUUUCACGGCAGUGCUAACAGCCUUGUUGAAGCGGUCUUGAUUUCAGAAGGACUGAUACAAUUUGCUCAAGACCCAAAGUUCAUUGAAACCACAACUCAAGAACUAGCUGAUGCCUGUGAUUUGACGAUAGAAGAGAUGGAGAAUGCUGCAGACAACAUUCUCAAUGGUAACAGCAAGCCAAGCCCCAAUGGCAACCUCUUGCCUUUUGUUAAUUGCAGGGACCCAGGGCAGGACUGUAUGGGAGACCAAGCGGAAGCAGCCCAAAACCUAGAUUGUAGAAAAAGUCAAGAGGAGCCUGUGGACAGCAGGAUUUAUAUCAGCAGCCUGUAAUUGCCAAGGCUGAAAGUGAUGCUGUUUUUUUUUUAAUUUGUUUCAAUGUUCCUAAUGGGUUUGUUUCAGAAGUGCCUCACUGUUCUCGUGACCAGGAGUAACCAGAACAGCGUUCUUCAUUCAUUUCUGUUGGGAAGAAUCAGUUGGGUGGUAUAAAAGAGCUUUUCAGGAGUGAAAUAUACAACCCCAGCAUGUGUCCAUGUAGGAAGAAUGAGGAGAAGUAAAAGGAGAAGAGUCAGCUCCCUCCUUUUUUCAGUCCAUGCACAAGGAACAACAGCUACUUCCUGAAUGUGAAGGAAAACCUCAGCUUCCAGUGGAUGGCCCUAGCCAAUAGGACACUGCAUCAAACGGGUGUCUUUCAACGUUGCUUGUACAAAAAAGAAUCAUUUUGCACAUAUUCUGUAUGAGCCUCACCAUCUCCAUGAAGCCAAGGCCCUUUUGAUCUACAAAUGGAAUAGAAGACUUCUGCAACAGAUCCCCACACUUUCUUGACAAGAAAAGAGCAGAAGCUGUAAGGGUACAGGAGAUGAAAGUGGCAAUACUACAGAUGCUUCUUGAUGGAAAUGCAGAGACUUUCGGCAGUUGUCUUUGCUAACCAAUCAGAGCUCAGGCAAUCUUCCUUGCCGACCAAUCAGAGCUCAGACAGGUAGCUGUCCCAAUUGCUCAAAGAGCAGGAAGCCAGCUCCGUCCAAUUGGAGUCCAGGCAACCCAACCAUUUCGAAGAGAGAUGGUGAUGGGCUUAUGUAGAUCUCUCCUUGUUUUUGCAGUUUAUUUUUUUGAAAGCAUGUUCUAAUUUUUUAAUACAUUAUUUUAACUGUAUUUUAUUUUUUGAAGGAGAGGAGUGAAGGGAGUGUUUACAAAGUUUUGUAAUCACCUACCAUUUUGUUUUUCACCAUUGCAAAUGUUGGUUUGAUCUGAUUAUGUUGUACUAUUUAAAUUUUGUUUUCUUCAACUGAAAUUUGGUAGAAACUAAUAUUAGAGUUUUGCCAACCAUCAUGUACACCAAAAUUUAUAAUUUUAUUUGAAAUACUGGGAAAUCCUUUUUUGUUGUUGUUUUAUAAUUUAAGGAUAGUAGGCAAUGCACUUGAUAUAGUCUUGCACAUAUGGUUGAUCGAUUUGGAUUAUUUGUAGUGCUAGGGUGUGUGAAUGAAUGAACAGGACUGAGUGGGUGAGUGAGUGAGUGAGUGAAUGCUUGAAAGUAUGUAAGAUCAUACAGUUCUCCACUUCCUGGUUAAAACUGCAGGAGAGCUGUAUCUGGGGUCAUUUGAGUGAAAAAAUAAACCACCGUCUCUGCUUUUGAAAGGGGAAUCAGUAACUCUUUGCAUUUUCUGUUCCACAAGAUAUGCAAAAACAAUGCAAUAAUAUUAAUUUUGAAUACAAUUUGUGAAUUGUGUUGGCAUUAAAACCGUAUAGAAAAAGAUUAAAAACAAAACAACAAAAAAGAAAACCAAGUGAGGAGGAGUUACAUUUCGAUAUAUUUCAUGUGAUGUUUUAUUGCAUUGAUAAUGUUUCUGUUGAAGAAACCGUAAUACUUGAAUUCAGGUCAGUUUCAGUAUUUUUCAACUAUUUUUUUAAAACAAAUUGCAAUUGUGCCAAGCAAAUAUAAUGAAUUAAGUUUGUUUAGGGGGGGGGGAUAACAAUUCUUGUAUAUUUUGCUGCAUGUAAAGUAAAUCAUUUCGUAUUUGGAGUGUGCCAAGCUUUACCUUUGAACUUUUAAGUGCUUUUCUACGUGUGGUUGGGGAAAGGGGUAAACUUUUUUUCCCUUUUUUAGUUUGUAAAAUGAACAAAGUGUACCUGGUGUUAAAUAACUAUUCUGCAACCCACUGGCAGGUUGAACAUUAACUGAUUUUGCAUAUCUUGUGUUCACUUUCUUUUUCCUGCACUUCCUUAAACAUGCAUGGUAACAAAUUGGGAAUAGUAUACAGUAUUGCCCUUUGCAGUUCUGUCAAUGAUUCUCCUCAUUAAAGGGUGGUAAACUUGCCAAGAUUAUCCAAUAGAUCCAUUCCUAAAAACUGAGCUGGCACCAGCAACCUGAGAGUGGGGGAAUAUCUCAUGUCUGUUAAUACAGAGAGAACUACCAGAAUAAUAAUAAUACGGUGACACUAAAUCAUUAUUUUCAGGAGUUAGUCAUUGAUUUAGUAGAAUAUAUAUAUCAGGAAUUUAAUCCUUUUGACUAAGUUCAUACAUUUGAAGAACUAUUUUAGAGAAGCCAUUCUCAACUUUUUUUUUCACAGACAUAAACACAAUAUGAAAGAAAUAUAGGCUGAAUCAGGUUUGUCUACGUCACAUAAUACAAGGUGGUGUGUGAAGAACUGUUUCCAGUUUGUGGCCCCCUUCCAGUUUGCCUGGGGUUCCCAGGGAGUCAUAUGGCUCCCGUUGAGAAUGUCUGCUUUAAAUAGAGAAAGCAACUCUAACAAAAAAUUGGAGUAAGCAAGAACAUGUUACUUGCAAGAAGGAAAAAACAAAUGUACAAGUAUAAGACUAAGAACCUACCAAGUAAUAACAUUGCUAAGAAAUAUUAGAUUAUGUUGAAGAAAACACAGAUAUACGUAUGCCAGCAACUCAAUAAUGAGGCUAAAGGAUUUUAGGUUGUACUAAAUGAAGAUAAAUGUCAGUUUUUAAAACAUGUUCCAAGGGUAUCCAUAAAAUGGAAAAAGUUCAUAAAAUAAUAAAGACAACUACAUUGAAAGAAUCUGGCAUUUCUAGCCAACAGAAAAAUAUAAGCAAUUGGGGUCAGAGAUAAAACCCUGGCUGUUUUAAUAGAGAAGGCAGAAAAUUAGGUGGCCAAUGUCUACCAUAAUCCCAAUUCAGAGAUGUGUACAUACAGUACUACAGUACCCACACAUUGCUUAUGUAUAUGUGUUUGGAUAUAUUUACAGUAAUUUCACAGCUGAUCAUAUAGUUUGCACUAUGACUUCCUUUGACAACAAACAUUUGUUUCUGAGGAUUGUUGUUGUUUAGUUGUGUCUGACUCUUUGUGACCCCCUGGACCAGAGCACGUCAGGCCCU